CAAAUCCCUAACUCCCACCACCAUGAAUUCCGCCGCCGCCGCCUCCACCUCCGCCCCCACAUCAGCAUCUGAAAUCCUCCACCGAACCAGCAGUUUCCUCUCCGAAGCCAUCUCCCAACCUGACCUCCGCCACUAUCUCUUCUCCAUCCACAAAGCAACUCCCCACUCUAACAAACGCAAUUCUCUUAAACCAUUAAAACUAGCCGUAGAAACCAUCGAAAAGACCAUUUUAUCCCCGGACUCUCCCGCUCAAUCCUCAUCUCUCCGUCUCACCGAACGCCUCCUUCUUUCAUACUCCGAUACCCCUUUCUGUAAUUUCCUCCUCUCCCUAAUCUACACUCUCACACAACAACCAAUCAGUGCAUCCCUUAGUCUCCUUAACAUCUUCUAUUUAGACCCGUCGUCGGCCCGGUCCGAGAUCGCUCCGGUUAUUUUUCAAGAAUUGUUUUUAGUACAUAUUUUACCGGUUCUUGAUUGGUUCAACGAUCAACGGUCUAGAAUUUCUAAUUCUUGUUCUUCAUCAGUGAAUUAUAUUGGUUAUGAGAGUGACUGUGACGUGUCUGUUGUUCUUCCGAGCUCGAAAUUGUUGUCGAAGAUGAGUGGAGGGCAAGCUAUGGAGUUUAAAGAAUUGGAGAGUGAUUACGGAGAUGUUCUUGAUGAGAAUUGCAGAGUUUUUGCUCAGUAUUUUCAAGAGAUUUUGAAGAAUGGUGAUGGAAAUAGAGUGAUUAGACCUCCGUCGGUGAUCUUGAAGGUUGAGAAAUUGGACGGUGGUGAAGAUGGGACGAUCAAAAUUGAGGAUUUGGGGUUCAAGAAUGGACGGUAUAAUCCAAUUUGGGCUGAUGAAACAAAAUCAAUUGAAUUCUUGAGUUUCAGUGACAGCAACAGAUCAAAGUCUCCUCUAUCAACUUAUCCUGAAAGAGUAUCUGCAAAUACUCUGAAACUUCAGAACUCCAAAGCAUUGGCAGCUUCACCAGUUUCAGAUUCUGAUUCUGACAUAGAGUCUUCUUUUGAUGAAGAUAUAGUUAACUCUUCUUCUUCGUCAGAAUCUGAAGCGGAAGUUCGGGUAAAGAACAGAAAAUUUGCAUUGUUUGAGCCUAAAAAAAGCCAAAUCGAGAAAAGGAAACAGACGAUUGCCGCAGAUUCUAGUAGGAGUUUUUCAGCAGAGCAUGAAAUGGGAGAUGCUGACAAUCCUCCAGGCUCAGGAAAACACACACCUCCGAAGGAUUUUGUCUGUCCGAUAACAAGCCAUUUAUUCGAUGAUCCGGUGACCCUCGAGACAGGACAGACAUACGAACGAAAGGCGAUUCAGGAAUGGAUGGAUAGAGGACAUUCAGCAUGUCCAAUCACGCGCCAGAGUUUAUAUAACACCCAAUUGCCUAAGACAAAUUAUGUUCUGAAAAGACUUGUUGCAAGUUGGAAAGAACAGAAUCCGGAAUUCGGGUUGAUCCAGUCUGAAAAACCACGAGAAGAGACUGAGACAAACGUCAAGCCGACAGUAGUAGCUCCGAUUACUUCUCCUAACAGUGUCAUUAGUCAAGCUACGUUUGAUAGCAUGAUGAGCGAGCUUCGACAGGCUAUUACUAGUCUUUGUAUGUCUGAAAUUCUGAACGAAUCUGAAAUGUCAGUUCUUCGUAUUGAGCAAUUCUGGCAGCAAGCGAACACGGAUCUUGAAUUUCAAAGUAUGCUGUCAAAACCACCGGUUAUAAACGGAUUUGUCGAGAUUCUUUUCAAUUCUGUCGAUCCACGAGUGUUGAAAUCAACAGUUUUUCUUCUGUCUGAACUGGGAUCAAGAGACAAGUGUGUGAUCCAGACACUUACAAGAGUUGAAUCUGAUGUCGAAUGUAUUGUCGCGCUUUUCAAGAAGGGUUUAUUCGAAGCUGUCGUAUUGUUAUAUCUGUUAAGGCCUACUACAAUGAGCUUAUUAGAGAUGGACAUGGUGGAUUCUCUUUUAACUGUCAUCAAGAACAAAGAAGACAACGCGCUUAAGAUGUUCUUGAUGCCUAAAACAGCUGCUGUGCUUUUACUUGGACAAAUCCUGAGCAGUAGUGAAGAAAGUAUCGUUGUUUCUAUCGGCAAUGCGAUUGUUUCGACCAAAGUAAUUGAAAGUAUUGCUGACUGCUUCGAAGCUGAGUUUCCUGCUGAACGGAUAGCAGCAGUUGGGAUUUUAUCAAGAUGCAUGCAGGCAUAUGGAAAAUGUAGAAAUAUGAUUGCUGAUAAAGCUCAUUUGGGUCCAGUUUUGGACAGUUUUGUGAGCGCUAACGAUGGAGAACGGUUUGAAAUAGUUCGUUUUUUCUUCGAAUUAGUCAAAUUAAACAGGAGGACAUUAAGUGAGCAAAUUCUGCACAUUAUCAAGGAUGAAGGUCCAUUAAGUACAAUGCACAGCCUUGUUAACUAUCUGCAAACAGCUCUACAAGAUCAAUGUCCUGUCGUGGCGGGUCUCUUACUUCAACUUGAUCUUCUGGCUGUUCCAAGAAAGAUGAGCAUCUACCGAGAAGAGGCAAUAGAUACCCUCAUUUCGUGCCUUGGAAAAUCUGAAUCUCCUGCUGCUCAAUUAGCUGCUGCAGAAACCAUCAUGUCGUUACAAGGAAGAUUCACUGCCUCCGGAAAGUCCCUUGCUAGAGCUUUUCUUCUGAAACGCGCCGGACUCAGGAAAAGUUACAGAAAUCUUAUGCGCGUGGAGAAAGUUGGAAAUCCGUCAGGAGAGAUUGAAGAAACAUUGGAAGAAGAGAAUGCAGCUGAAAAUUGGGAAAAAAAGGUGGCAUUUGCUUUAGUGAGUCAUGAAUUUGGUUUAAUCUUUGAGGCUUUAGCAGAAGGCAUGAAGAGCAAAAAUGCAGAUCUACAAUCCGCAUGUUUUGUGUCAGCAACAUGGCUUGUACAUAUGCUUAGUGUUCUUCCAGACACCGGGAUACGAGGGGCGGCCCGAGUUUGCUUGCUCAAAAGCUUCAUUACUAUUUUUAAAUCUGCAAAAGAUGCAGAAGACAAAGUCCUUUCAUUGCUUGCUCUAAAAAGCUUCAUCAAUGAUCCUGAAGGGCUGCGAGAUCUCACUGCGUGCAUGAAAGAUAUCAAGAAAGGUUUGAGAGAGCUUAAGAAAUCAUCUCCCUUGGCAGUUGAUAUUCUGAAUGUACUCUCCGAGGGGCGUGAUCAUAGUGCCGAAUUAUGGAACCAUGAAGAACUUGCUCAAGUAGAUUGCAGAGAGAGUGGAGAAGUAUUAUCAAUUACUUGCUUCAAAGACAAAAUAUUUUCCGGCCAUUCUGAUGGAACCAUAAAGGUUUGGACCGGUAGAGGAAGCAUUCUUCAUCUGAUCCAAGAAAUUAAAGAACAUACAAAAGCUGUAACAAGCUUGGUUGUUUUACAAUCAGGAGAAAGAUUAUAUAGCGGUUCACUGGAUAGAACUACACGAGUCUGGCUCAUCGGAAACCAAACAUUGGAUUGUGUACAAGUUCAUGACAUGAAAGAUCAGGUUCAUAACCUAGUGGUUGCCAACAGCAUUUCUUGCUUCAUUCCUCAAGGUGCUGGUGUUAAGGUUCAUUCAUGGAAUGGAAGUACUAAAUUGUUGAAUCCAAAUAAAAAUGUCAAGUGCUUAACUCUUGUACAAGGAAAAUUAUACUGUGGAUGUCAUGAUAGUAGUGUUCAGGAAAUAGAUUUGGCAACAGGAACACUUGUUACCAUUCAACAUGGGUUAAGAAAAUUAAUAGGAAAAUCAAAUCCUAUACAUGCAUUACAAGUUGGCAAUGGACUAAUAUAUGCAGCCAGCUCUGCCUUAGAUGGAGCAGCUAUUAAGAUUUGGAAUGCAUCAAACUAUGGUCAGGUUGGUGCAUUGGCAACAACAUUGGAAGUAAGAGCUAUGGUAAUAAGUUCAGAGCUAAUCUAUUUAGGGUCUAAGGGAGGAAUUGUAGAAAUUUGGGAUCAGAAAAACCAAACUAGAGUUGAAACAUUACAAACUGGCAUUGAAGGGGCUAGGAUUCUUUGCAUGGCUCUUGAUACUAACGAAGAAAUGUUAGUCAUCGGAACCUCAGAUGGUCGAAUUCAGGCAUGGGGACUGAGCUAAAAGUUCAGGGAGCGGAAAAAAGAAAAUUAAUUUACAUUAAUUCUUUACAUAAGACGAUAUUAUUAUUAUUAUUAUUUUUAGAUGAGAUUCAUUUUUGCACAUUUUAGAUAAUCAAACUCCGUGGAGAUUUAUUCUUGAAAAUAUGUAUAUACAUAUUUUAUAUAAAUAAUGAUUGUACUUGUUUUACUUACUUAAAUUUAGAGAAUUAAUUAAUAAAAACAGCUCCAUUAUACAUA